CUAAGAGAAGUUAGGUUAGAUUAUAUUGUAGUAAAGUAUUCAAUACAGUGAAAUUAUUGCUUUUUCAAUUUUUGGUGCUUUAUUUUCUCAUUUAUAAAACACUUUAAUUAAAUUAAAUACGUUAAAAUGCCACCAAAAAAAUCUAACUUUCACAAUGCGCGGAGCCGAGAGGCACGACGCAAACGUGUUGAAAGAGCAAAUCAGUCGGGUGAAAAAAGCACAGCAAGAAUAGUAGCUCAAAGAAUCAGGACAGCAAAGAGUCGUGCACAAGAAUCUCAAGAACGCUGAUGAGAUUAACGCAUGUUUAAAACAAUCAUUAUUAUGGCGAAGUGUUGAAACACUUCGAUUGACCAUAAACAUGCGUAUACAAUUGCAAAAUGAUCCAUCAGCACAAAUAUUUUCCGAACAAUUGAUAGAUAUUGGAAACGGUAGAAUAGAACUGCAACUAAUUACGCAAUGCAUUAAACUGCCAGAAAAUUUCUGCACUGUUGUUCACACGAAAAAUGAAUUAAUUGAGAGUAUCUUCCCGGACAUACAAAAUAUUUACUAGGAUCAUAAAUGGCUUAGUAAUCGGACUAUUUUGGCAGCCAAAAAUGCUGAUGUUGACAAAAUCAAUUUCCAGAUACAACAGUUGUUGCCAGGCGAUCUGAUGUUUCUUAAAUCAAUCGAUACUGUUAUUAAUGAAAAUGAAAGUGUUAUUUGUGUCCAAUUAAAUUUUUAAACUCUCUAGAUAUACCCGGAAUGCCACCACAUAAUCUUCGGUUCAUCUAUUAUUCUUCUGCGUAAUUUCAAUCCUCCUCGAUUAUGCAAAGGUACACGUUUGAUCAUUAAAAAGACCACCGGAAAUAUUCUUGAAGCAACAAUUUUGACUGUAAAGAUUAAAGAAAAAGUGGUCCUGUUGCCACGUAUUCCAAUAAUACCGUCAGAAUCGACGAUAACCUGCAAAAGGCUACAGUUCCCCUUUCGUUUAACUUUCGCUAUGCCUAUAAAUAAGUCUCAAGGCCAGACAAUGCCCAUUUGCGGUUUAGAUUUGGAAAUUCCAUGUUUUUCCCAUGGGCAACUAUAUGUUGCCUGCUCACGUGUGGGAAAACCAUCGAAUCUAUUUGUGUUAGCUAGAGACAGGUUAACCAAAGAUAUUGUGCACCGAUAUGUGCUGAAUUAAAUUACAAUUAACAAAAUCCCUAGCCAGGCAGCUUUUCGCUACCUACUUCGUUUAUAAAAUUAAAUGUAAAAUGUUAACAACUAAAAACUUUGUAACUUACUCAUUUAUUACAAACAUAAAUGUAAGAUUAAUCUAAUCUAAAAUUCUACAUCUAAAUAUGAUUUGUUGUUAAAUAAAAUGUUAAAACUCUUUUACAGAGCAAUUAUUUACGUUUUACUAAUUAUAAAACUUAGAGAUAUUUGUCUUAUAAUCUAAACUUCUACAUUUUAUAUUAAUUUGUGCUUAAAUGUUUUCAAAUUUGGCUUUAAGUUCAAAUCUUAAUCCGUAAAUUUUUAUACCGGCUAUAACGUUUUCGUCUUUAUUCGUUAAUAAUCUAAUCAUUUCACUGUAUUGAAUAGUUUACUAUAAUAUGAAUUAGCCACAGCAACGCGUGGCCGGGACUGCAAGUAUUAUAUAUAUAUAUGCAAUAGUAUUAUAUGUAAUAAGCAUUGCAUUCGGUUUUGCAAGAAUUGCUUUAUUGGUUCGUUGAUCGUAUCUUCUGAUUGUGCAGUGAUUCCCAAAGUACGCUGCGGUGCCCUUGGGAGCUGUCAUUUUUUCAUAAGAUGCUCCGAAAUAUUACAAAAUUUUCAUAAUUUAAUAUUUUUAUUUUCUAUUUGAAGUAGUAAGAUGCAAAAUCUAGCGGAUUCUGUGUAAACCAUUAACUCACAUUAGUAUUAACUGUUUGCAGAAAUCUCUACAAAAAAAACGUGUUUUAUUUAUUUUUAGCUAAUUUUUUAAUAAAAACACUAAACUUGUUUGCAAGAUGAACUUAUGAGAAUUUGAUAUAGAGUGCCUUGAUGAAAUCUUAGCUUAACAAAGACGCCGAGAAUAGCAAAAGUUUGGGAACCACUGCAAUUGUGUACUUUGAUCUUUCACAGUAUUUAAAAUCUAAUAAAAAAUGAUGACAGAAACGCGCGAUUAAUUCGUUUUUUCGUCUAAUGUAGCUUGUCUUUUACGUCCACUUACAAUAUAUUUUUACUGUCAAAAGAAGAUAUCACAGAUAAUAGUAGUCAAGAGACUAUAUUUUGUCUACUUUAUAUAUCACUAUCUUCAGAAAUACUGAACAACGUGGCUGUUUUCAUACGAUCUUGAAACUUUUCCCGUUGAUUGAGCCAGAAUGAAGCAAGAUUGAGUAAGAAUGAACAGAGAAUUAAUUCGAUUGGAGACGUUUAACUAUGGACAAGAAUAAGAGAAGUGAAGUGAAAAAUCCACGGGAACACGCUGGUAUCUUCUCCAUUAUUACAUUCAAGUGGAUACUAAACACUUUUUUACUUGGAUAUAAAAGAGAGUUGCAAGAGACUGAUCUAUAUUCGCCAUUGAAAGAGGAUCAAAGUAAUCUUCUGGGAGAUCGCAUUUUUAAAAUUUGGGAAGAUGAAGAAAGAAAAUGUCGAAAGAAAAAUGACGGAUCUGUACCACGAUUGUACAUAAUAUUGAUAAAAUGUUUUGGAAAAAGUAUUAUGUUGCUUGGUAUAGCUUUAGCAUUUAUGGAGUUUGUUAGCAGAAUAAUUCAACCAUUGAUACUCAGAAAUUUGUUGCAUCUCUUAAGCACAAAAAAAGAAGUAAAUCCAGGAAUGUAUUAUUACGCUGCUGCGUUCAUCUUGUUUCCCUUCAUGGACUGUUUCAUUGUCCAUUUAACUUUGCAAGAACUAAUGCAUAUUGGAAUGAGAAUAAAAGUAGCCUGUUGCUCUUUGAUUUAUAGAAAAAUACUCAAAUUGUCCAACUCUGUUUUUAUAGAUGGAACAUCGGCUGGACAAAUGGUUAAUCUUAUGAGUAAUGAUGCUAAUAGAUUAGAUUACAUAACACACAGUAUUCAUUAUUUGUGGAUCGGUCCAGUCCAAACUUUAAUCAUUGCCUGUGUGCUCUAUUGGCAGUUGGGACUAGCUCCAGUUGCAGGUUUAGCCUUGUUUUUAAUUUUUAUUCCCCUUCAAUGGUAUAUUGGAAAGAAAGCGUCUAUGCUGAUGCUAUUGUCAGCUCUAAGAACAGAUGAAAGAUUGCGUUUAAUGAAUGAGCUGAUUACUGGUGUACAGAUUAUAAAAAUGUAUGUUUGGGAAAUACCGUUUUCACGAAUCGUCGAGAAAAACCGGAAGAAGGAAAUGAACAUGAUAAAGAAAUACUCCAUUGUCCAACAGAUUGGAAUGACAUUCGAUUCUUAUAUACCGCGAAUCUGCCUGUUCAUCUCGAUUAUGACGUACGUUGUUACCGGUAAUUACAUUACCGCAGAACAAGUCUUCACGAUAACGUCGUUCUUUAACAUCGUUAGAAAUUCUAUGACUAUUGGGUUUUCUUUAAGCAUUCAUCAACUAGUCGAAGGUUUGGCAUCAAUACGUCGUUUCGAAAGAUUUAUGAUGCACAUAGAAAUUGAGAAAAGCGAGAAUAAGGCUCAAGAUAUUAGAUCACAUGAAGUGAUAUUGAAGAAUGUAACUGCAAAAUGGAAUGAUGAAAACAAAGAGAAUACUCUAACCAGAAUAAAUUUAUCCAUUGAACCUGCUAGUCUAGUUGCAAUCGUUGGACAAGUAGGUUCUGGAAAAAGCAGUUUACUACAAAUUAUAUUAGAAGAAUUGCCAGUGCAGGAAGGCUUUUUGAAAAUCAGUGGUAAAGUCGCUUAUGUUAGCCAACAGCCAUGGAUUUUCGCUUCGUCAAUCAGACAGAACAUACUCUUUGGUCAUAUUAUGGAUAAAUCUCGUUACAAGAAAACUAUUCAAGUCUGCCAAUUAAACGAGGACAUUGCUUCGUUUCCUCACGGUGAUAAAACGAUCGUUGGCGAAAGAGGAAUAAGUUUAAGCGGUGGUCAACGUGCUCGUAUCAAUCUCGCUAGAGCAGUUUAUGCUAAUGCGGACAUUUAUUUAUUAGAUGAUCCACUUUCAGCGGUUGACGCUCGAGUAAGUAGACGUAUCCUUGAAGAUUGUAUAUGUGGAUAUCUGAAAGACAAGACUAGAAUUUUAGUGACGCAUCAGCUUCAAUUUCUAAAGUCUGCUGAUCAAGUAAUCGCAAUGCAGAAUGGUUCAAUUCAGACCCGAGGUGAUUUUAAUAUGCUUGAAGCUUCUGGUGUUGAUUUCACGAAGUUUUUGAUGGGGGAAAAGGAGUUAGAAAAAAAAGAAGAAUCUAUAAAAGAAGGAAAGAUUAAAGAUUCGAGAGGUUUAUCGAGUGAAAACAUGAAUGAAAUAUCGUUAAAAAAAUUGGCACCUAUUGAAGUGAUAGAGAUGAGAACAACUGGACAUGUGUCGGCUAAGGUUUACAUCUCUUAUUUCAAGGCGAGCAGGAGUCCUUUAUUAUUGCUACUGAUGAUCGUAUUAUUCAUUUCUUAUCAAAUGGCUGCUAGUGGUGGCGAUUUCUUUGUCGCUUAUUGGGUUAACAUCGAAGAAAAUUCCUGGAUCAUCUUGGGAAAUAAUACGGUUUUAUUUGAUUGGAAAGGAUCGUUUAAUCGAACGGAAGUAAUUUACAUUUAUAGUGGACUAACUGCAUUGACAGCAACAGCCGCCUUCUUGCAAAUGUUUUCUUACUAUGAAAUCUGCAUGCGUUCUUCCAGAAAUUUACACGACAACAUGUUUCGAAGCAUUGUACGAACAAGCAUGCAUUUUUUCCAUAACAAUCCAAUUGGUCGUAUCUUGAAUAGAUUCUCCAAAGAUACUGGUGCCCUUGACACACGAAUGCCUAUUUGUAUGUUUGAUAUUAUAAUUAUUGGUAUUGGAUUGAUAGCGAUAAUAGUAAUAGUAGGAAACAUAAAUCCUUGGCUGCUGAUACCUGUCAUUUUUAUUGGCAUAAUUAUAUAUUUUUUAAGAGAUUUUUAUUUGUCGACCAGUCGUAGCGUUAAACGAUUAGAAGGAAUAACUCGAUCACCGGUAUUCGAUCACGUAAGCGCAACGCUUCAAGGCUUGUCGACCAUUAGAGCAUUAAACGCUGAAAAAAUUCUUAUCAGAGAAUUUGAUAGUCAUCAAGAUCUGCAUUCCUCUGCUUGGUUUAUCUUCUUUUCAGCUUCACGAGCUUUUGGCAUUUACAUCGAACUUGUCUCUUUGGUGUACAAUGCGAUUAUAAUUAUAUUCUUCCUCUUUUUGAAGGAUACUGUAGUCAGUGAUGUUGGAUUGGUGAUCACUCAAAUGUCUCUGCUUGUUGACAUGUUACAAUGGGGGGUAAGACAGACGGUUGAAGUCGAAAAUUUGAUGACUUCGGUCGAGAGAGUUCUCGAGUAUAGUCAUUUAAAAGAAGAACCAAUGUUGGAAAGUAAUCCGAAAUGCAAAUCACCGAAAGAUUGGCCUAAAUACGGACAUGUCGAAUUUAAAAACGUAAAACUAAAAUAUGGACCGAUGGAACCAUACAUUCUAAAGGAUAUAACAUUCACAAUAAUUCCAAAAGAAAAGAUUGGUAUCGUUGGUCGUACUGGUUCCGGAAAAUCGUCUUUGAUCAAUGCCCUUUUUCAAUUAUCUAGCGUGGAAGGGGAAAUUUUUAUUGAUGAACCAAUUCUGUUUAGUGGUAGUCUUCGGCAAAAUUUGGAUCCUUUUGAAGAGUAUUCUGAUCAUAUACUCUGGCAAGCCUUACAGGAAGUUGAGUUAAAACAAAUAGUCGAAGAGAUGGUUGCUGGUCUAAAUUCUCCAGUGUUCGAAGGAGGAAUGAAUUUAAGUGUUGGACAACGUCAAUUAUUAUGUUUGGCUCGUGCUAUUAUUAGAAACAAUAAAAUCAUCGUUUUGGACGAAGCAACGGCAAACGUUGAUCUUCGUACAGACUUGCUAAUUCAACAAACUGUUAGAAAUAAAUUUAAAGAUUGCUCAGUCCUUACGAUAGCUCACAGAUUAAAUACGAUUAUGGAUAGUGAUAAGAUACUUGUAAUGGAUACUGGCCGUUUAAUGGAAUUCGACCAUCCUUACAUUUUGUUACAAAAUAAGAGUUACUUUUAUCAUAUAGUACAGCAAACUGGUUCUACAAUGGCAAAUGAACUUAUGGAAAUCGCAAGAAAAAGUUAUUAUAUGAUGACUGAUAAACUGCCAUCAUGAUGACAAUAAUUAUAAGUAAAAGUAAUUUUGUUCACUUUACUUUUCGAAGUCCAAGAUAAUGCUUUAUUCUUUUAUAAUAAGUCAUUUCUAUAUUUUUUAUAUAUACUGGUGUACACUCAUGAAGGAACGUCUGAUGCAAUCUGGUUUCUUAAUUUAUACAGCUGAGAGUGUUCACGUAACAAGUUUUUUUCGAUCGAGCUCUUACUAAGGAUAACCACUUGUUACAAUUCAUAAACGAAUCCUAAAUAUCUGGAAAUAUCUCAUGAAGAAAGAGUAGUUGUCCUUGCAUUUAUCUAAUGUCAUCGCCACGGAGUACUUAAAAUAAUAUUAUUACAUUUUAUGAAGAGCUUUGAAAAAGUUAAAAUUAUCCGAAUUCCACAUGUGUUACUAUCACAACGAUUCUUCUUGAAAGUAACGUUUACUUUGAAAGAAGCCACCAGAUAUUUAAGAACUAUUUAAAAAAAUAUGUGUGAAUGAUAAACAGAACAAUUGAAAUCAUUAUUUAUAUUUAACAGUUUUUAACUGCAUUAUAAACGUACACAAAGCUACUGAAUACGUUUCACAUAAAUUUAGUAAAAUACUUAAAUCUUCAAUUGUACUCUAUAAGAGCUUAUAUAAUGUGUAAUGAUCUUGUGUUAUUUUACGUGUAACUGCAAACGAUUUCUAGUGACCUAUUGGCACUUGUUAAA